AUGCGGUGAGCAGCCAAAUCUUAAUAAGAUCUGUGGUUUUGCAAUCGAAACCCUCCUUCUAGCCCAGGGGCAAGUAUGUGCAGCGCUUAAGGUUGUUCUUAGCAUGCAGACACUCACACCAUAAAGUCUUGCAUUUCUACUACAAAGGUUAACAUAUGCACAGGCAAAGAGGCACUUCCCACAGCCAAAACAUGCCAAAAACUGAAUUUAAUUAUUAAGUCAAGUGCUACCUCCUUCACUGCAAUGCUUUAUUCAGAAUGUGAAGCCUACCAAUUUUGAUCUGUAUUAUAUCUAUCUAUAAUGUGAGUUCAUGAAUGUGAUUUUUCUGCUGGUCUGUGCGCUGCAGGACUCUGGGAUUGGUCCUUCAGAACGAGAGCUUCAACUACCAGUGUUACAAUAACCUCAUCAUGGACUCCUGGGCCUACACAGACAGCCUGCUCACCUACGAGCAGUGCAAGGUAACGUGUGUGUUAUAACACCCGUUUAAGUUCAACCUGUCUCCUCUGUAUGUGUGUUGUACUGAAACAACUCCCUGUUGUUGUCUCAUGUUCACAGACACCAAAAGAACAGAAAAUGGUUGCAUGCAGCCGAGGCAGCAGUAUGUACAAGCCAGAGAGGUAAGAUUGAUAUCUAAGCAAUUUUUUUACACUACCAAGAGUAUAGGCUUGAUUGAGCGAUCAGGGUAAAGGCCAAGAGAAUGUCACCUGUCAAUCAAACCGUAGAGGCAGACACUAAAGGGGUAUGGGGAAGAUAGGAGGUUAAAGGGAUUUUUAAGUGGUUCCCGGGUGGUAUUGGGAGUUCCUAUGUCGUGGAGUCAAGCCUCUUUACAUGGAGUCAAGCCCCUUUACAUGGAGUCAAGCAGCAGAGAAAGGGCAGGGCUUUGGCGAGGUCAGAGUUGGGUGAGCUAGUGGCUAAUCCCCCUGUCAAACAGAACCCCAAGGGAUUAUGGGCCGUGGUACACCUCCUCCUGAAAAACACAGUCUCUGACUCACAAAAGGAGGAGAAGCAGCCCCAGCUCUCCCUCUCACUCACCCUCUCUUUUGUCUGGGUUGAAAAAUUGCCGUCGGUGGCCGCGCUGUUGUCCCGUCAAACACGGCAGUCAGUCCCAUAGAUAAACUCAAAUAAAGAAAGAGGGAAACAAUAUUGGGAUUAGGCGGUAAACUCUCUUUAGUUCACUUUCAGUAGCACUGUGUGCUCAGUGGACUCUGAGAACUACACUGGCUUUAUUCAUGCUUUUUUGACUUUUACACAUUUGUAGUCUGUAAUUGUGUGUAUGUGUGCUGCUGUACAAAAGAGGGGGUGGCCAAUUGGGUUUGUCCUGUAUCUAAACUCCUCCCCCUCCCCACAACCCAGGACACUGAGUGGCUCCUCCCCCGAGCUGGUCUCCCUGGAGACGCCUACCAACAUCAUCAACAACCCCCAGGAGGCGCUGGACCUCAACAGCAAGCUAUCGUCUCUCUGCCCCCCCUCUGUCCCCCAAAACCCUCUCCCCCUCAACUCCAGUGCCGACACCUAUGACAAGCAGGCCAUCAACAACAUGUUCGACUCCCUGCUCUCCCAGAAGUGGCCCACAGAGACAGUCUUCCCUGAGGCCACCACUGAGGUAAGCUUACAGCUCUAACCAGAGCAGCCAUCUUGUUUAUUUGUCUAUAUCACAACUGGUGGUGUCCGUUGUACAUUUUCAUCUCUGGCAACUUCUCAUCUCCCCUUUCACUUCUAGUUUCCCUCCAUCUCUCUCUUUCUUUCUUUUUUCACAUUCCAUCUCCUCGUUACUAUUUUCUUGUGUUCCCCUGAAGCAGGCUCUACCCUACAGCGAUCCCUUUACCAAGCAGCCCAGCCCAGUGUACUCUGACUCCUACACCAACUCCCCUCCAGAGAGAUACAGGUAGCUAUGUGCCCUGGGAAUCACAUCAAAUUAGAACACCUGUGUGAUGACUUCAAAGUCAUUAUGUCAGCUUGAACACUGAGCGAUGCCCAGUAUCGCUAAUGCUAAUCUAAUUAGGCUAAAGGUAAUGAAUAUCAUUGACAUUCCAAUGGCAAAGCAUAAUGCUGACCAUUACCAUUCUUCUCUGUCUUUUCUGUCUCCAGGAAUGAUUUCCAGUUCAUUCUGGGAGCCCCUCAAGCCACCCAGCACAAGUCGUCCCAGCUGCCCAUGGUUUACCUCAACAAAGGCCAGUUCUACCCAAUCUCCCUACAGGGGGUGGACAGCCUGUCCUCCAACAAAGUCAAGGUGAGCCGAGCUUUGAUGACAUCAUAGGAUGUUCUAUCUGACACAACCCCAGCGAAAGUAUGUUCCUUCAAAAAAUCUCCCUUGGUUCACUAUUGUUGACUGUCAUGGUGGAUCAGGGCAGGAACGUUGUUCUCUCUUCUUGUGAUGAGUGAUUUUGUUUUUGGUGUUCCGCCAGGCUCUGUACAUACUUCGUAUGGCGGGGCCAAAUCCAAUGCAUGUCAGCCAGUUAGUCAGGCCGAGAGGGAGAACAGGGGGAGAGGUGAGGCGCUAAAGGCCUGGGUGACAGCCCUCUCUUUUCUCAGGUGAAAAGAGAGUACACACACAAGCCCUGCUAAUAGCUGGUGACAAUUCCAGGAGAGAAUUGGGGAUUUGGAGUAAUAAAUGCAGCGGCUGACAUCUGAAUGAAACGGGCCCAGUAGUUUGUCUUUCUCUGAGUCAACGAUGCACACAACGUACACAAAAUGUACCUUGUCUGAUGGUCUCUCUCUCUCUCUCUCUCCUCUCUUUCUCCAGACGGUUGUCAUGGCGGUGUUUGAGAAUGACAAGAGUGCAGAGAUCCAGCUGAGGUGCUGGAAUCACUGGCACGCAAGGCAGCCGACCGUUAAGCAGAGGGUCAUUGACAUCGGUAUGCACAGCAGCCUUUACCAUGUACACACAAACACAAGCAUAGUAUAGUAACAGAAAAUGUCAAUGACUGGAAGAUUUAAUCAGUUGUUGUUGUUGCUUUUUCGUAGGCCUGUAUUUCUUCAGAAGAGAUAACCACAAUCUGGUUUCUUUCAUAAGCCUGGAUCUUUUCAGGGCAGAUAACCACUUAAUUAUCUCUGAACUAAAUCAAUAUCUUUCUAUCUAUCUUCUAGCUGACUACAAAGAGGUCUUCAGCGGCAUCAGCCAUGUGGAAGAGGUGGCCUUCAACGCUCUGUCCUUCAUCUGGAACCCCAAUGAGGAAGCUAAAGUAAGAGCAGCCAGGAAACUGGCGCAACAGUGGAAAAACACACACGCUGACACACACACAGAUAAAGUCAUAGCGCUUGUAACGCCCCUAUUAUUUACCUAGCCACGCUAUCCGUUCAGAUGAAAUGGGGCGAUGAGGGAGCGCUGAGGGUUGGGAGGGGAGGAAUCCCUGGCAUGCGGCCGCCCCGGGGCGCCUGUCACCACAAGGCAAGAGCGACAUGUCGAGAACGCUUACUGCAAUCUGUUCAAACCCAUAGGGGUGGGGCAGUGAAACUCACUGCAGGUGGAGAGAGGGAGAGAGAGAGCGAGAGAGAGAGAGAGAGAGAGGGGAAAAGACAGGUUGGAAGGAAUGAGAGAGAAAAGCUAAUUUCAACACCUGUUGUCACAACCAGUGAUCUACUAACUCAUCCCACUUUACGACUGGCCCCAGAACAAGUCUGUUAAAAUCAGGGCCUCUUAUAUCCUGAAACCUUACCAAGACACAGCCAUUGUGGAAACAUGCUAGACUUUUCUGUUAUACUGUACAUUUUUCCACAAGUGGAGGGUUCCCAAUCCAAAAAGGUGUCAUCACAACACGUGUCCAUAGAUUCCUAGUUUUGGUUUUGUUAAGCUUUUUCUGUCCCCACACUUCUUCCCGAUCAGAGAUGUGUCUAGGCUUGUCACUCAAUCCUUUUAUUUUCUCUGUCACACCUAAGAGAAAAUAUCAUAAUUGGAAAAGAGUAGCCAGCCAGCCACCCACACACACGCGACGUUCUCUCUCUGUAUCACUUCUUAUUAUAUGACAUUGAAUAGAACAGCAGUGAAGCAAUUGUGAAUCGCGUAAAUGGUUUAAUGAUUCUCAAAGUUCUCAUUACUGCGCCAGGAUCUUUUUGAAGAGCACCAAAACAGUUCUAGAAAGUUCUCCAAUUCAGUAGCUGUUUAAUUUUUUUAAUUUAUUAGGAUCACCAUUGGCCAAUGCUAAUGGCGACAGCUAGUCUUACUGGGGUCCGACACAUUACAGAAAAAUUACUUUUAACAUGUAGUUUGCGUGUGUAUCUAUCAGUUACACAUACAUGUCAGUACAUGCACACAAAAUGUAGGUAGCAUACGGGAGAGGCGUUGUGCCGUGAGGUGUUUCUUUAUUUGUUUUUUGAAACCAGGUUUGAUGUUCACUUGCGCUAUAUAAGAUGAAGGGAGUUCCAUGCAUUCAUGGCUCUGUAUAAUACUGCACAUUUCCUUGUCUGAUAUCAUGUUAACCCUCUUAUCCUCUCUCCUUCUCCAGGUGUACAUUGGCAUCAACUCUCUGAGUACAGACUUCUCCUCUCAGAAGGGAGUGAAGGGGCUUCCUCUCAACCUCCAGAUCGACACCUAUGAUUUCAGCACCGGCACCAACCGCCUCAUCCACAGAGCUGCCGUCCAGGUCAAAAUCUUCUGUGAUAAGGUCAGUAAAGAUCUCUAUGUAUCUCAAAUGUCAAAUUUUUUGAAGGGCUUAUAGAUGUGUCGUAGAUGGGUUGUUAUUCAGAAAGUAUUCAGACCCCUUCCCUUUUUCCACAUUUUGUUACGUUACAGCCUUAUUCUAAAAUGUAUUAAAUAAAUUGUUUUACUCAUCAAUCUACACACAAUACCACAUAAUGACAAAGCGAAAAACAUUUUUUUUGCUAAUUUUACUAAAAUAUAAAACAGAAAUACCUUAUUUACAUAACUGUUCAGACCCUUUGCCAUGAGACUCGAAAUUGAGCUCAGGUGCAUCCUGUUUCCAUUGAUCAUCCUUGAGAUGUUUCUACAACUUGAUUGGAGUCCACCUGUGGUAAAUUAAAUUGAUUGGACAUGAUUUGAAAAGGCACACACCUGUCUACAUAAGGUCCCACAGUUGACAGUGCAUGUCAGAGCAAAAACCAAGCCAUGAAGUUGAAGGAAUUGUCCAUGGAGCUCCGAGACAGGAUUGUGUCGAGGCACAGAUCUGGGGAAGGGUACCAAAAAAUUUCUGCAGGUUUGAAGGUCCCCAAGAACACAGCGGCCUCAAUCAUUCUUAAAUGUGAGAAGUUUGGAACCACCAAGACUCUUCCUAGAGCUGGCCGCCCGGCCAAACUGAGCAAUCGGGGGAGAAGGGCCAUGGUCAGAAAGGUGACCAAAAACCCGAUUGUCACUCUGACAGAGCUCCAGAGUUCCCCUGUGGAGAUGGGAGAACCUUCCAGAAGGCCAACCAUCUCUGCAAUACUCCAUCAAUCAGGCCUUUAUAGUAGAGUGGCCAGGCGGAAGCCACUCCUCAGUAAAAGGCUAUAUGACAGCCCGCUUGGAGUUUGCCAAAAGGCACCUAAAGGACUCUCAGCCCAUGAGAAACAAGAUUCUCUGGUCUGAUGAAACCAAGAUUGAACUCUUUGGCCUGAAUGCCAAGCGUCACAUCUGGAGGAAACCUGGCACCAUCCCUACGGUGAAGCAUGGUGGUGGCAGCAUCAUGCUGUGGGGAUGUUUUUCAGCGGCAGGGACUGGGAGACUAGUCAGGAUCGAGGGAAAGAUGAACGGAGCAAAGUACAGAGGGAUCCUUGAUGAAAACCUGCUCCAGAGCGCUCAGAACCUCAGACUGGGGUGAAGGUUGACCUUCCAACAGGACAACAACCCUAAGCACACAGCCAAGACAACGCAGGAGUUGCUUCGGGACAUCCAACCUGACAGAUCUUGAGAGGAUCUGCAGAGAAGAGCGGGAGAAACUCCCCAAAUACAGGUGUGCCAAGCUUGUAGCAUCAUACUCAAGCAGACUCAAGGCUGUAAUCGCUGCCAAAGGUGCUUCAACAAAGUACUAAGUAAAGGGUCUGAAUACUUAUGUAAAUGUGAUUUCCUUUUUUUUUCUUCAUAAAUUUGCAAAAAUGCCUAAACUUGUUUUUGCUUUGUCAUUAUGGGGUAUUGUGUGUAGCUUGAUGAGGAAAACAAACAAUUUAAUCCAUUUUAGAACAAGGCUGUAACGUAACAAAGUCAAGGGGUCUGAAUACUUUCUGAAUGCACUGUAUGCUUUACAAUAUAUAUUUAGUGGUGUCCUCCAAGGUUUGGUACUAAGUCCUAUACAGUUAAUGUAUCUCUAGUUUAUGACCUGAAAGCUGUGCAGGUGACAAAAACAGAUGCUUUAAUCUCAGAGUUGUCUGGUUCAUAAAUUGAACCUAUGUCAUUAAUCCCAUUGUUGGCUUGAAAUCCGAUAGUUGUCGUCAAAAGCCCCUAUGGCAUUGUAAUCUUUUCAAUCUAUCCGCCUUUUGGACUGUCAUCCGCUGCCACUAGCUGUUUUGACACAGUAGCGUGAUAAUGUGUUGUGGCGCUCACUGAGACACAAGCCAAACAAACUGGUUUAGCAGCUGGUGAAUGAGUGUUGUGUCAUGAAUGUGGUCCCUCUUAUUCGCUCUAUUACAAUGUGGGGGGGGGGGGGGGGCUAGCUCAACCAUGACAGAAAAACUGAUUUGUAUUAUUUUAUUGCUGCUUCUUCUCUAAGAGAUGCACCUAUUGUAUGGCGGACUGGUUAGUGUGUCAGAGUAGAGUUGUGACCGUGUGUGUCUGGGUCUUUCUCCUCAGGGUGCGGAGAGGAAGAUGAGAGAUGAGGACAGGAAGAGGAGCAAGAGAAGGGGCAAGACUGUCAUCGACUCCAAAAGUACGAGUUCUUCAGGCACCGUCUUAUUAUAGAAAAAAUAAUCACAACCUACAUCCGCACACAAACACUAACCCAAUGACAGAUGUAAACCCCAGGAGACAUCUAACACCAUGUUGUGUCUAACAGGCUGACUACAACAGGCGUCCACGUGCACCAUCGCACAUGUUGAUUUUGUCCAUGCACACCAGACGCAAUCAGGACACGCAGGUUGAAAUAUCAAAACGAACUCUGAACCAACUAUAUUCAUUUGGGGACAGGUCGAAACGCAUUAAACAUUUAUGGACAUUUAGCUAGCUAGCUUGAUGUUGCUAGUUAAUUUGUCAUGGGAUAUAAACAUUGGGUUGUUAUUUUACCUGAAAUGCACAAAGUCCUUUUUUCCUGGAUCUUUGUAGAACUUUGACCCAUUUUGAGUCACCUAAAAUCGUGUGUUCUCUACUCCGACAACUAAUCCACAGAUAAAAGGGGACAUUUAGUUAGUUUCUAGGCAUCUAUCCCCCUUCAGUCUUCUUCUUCUUCUUCUUCUUCUUCUUCUGUGGACUUUAUAUGGCGCUUGGCAACCAACUGGACUGGAGUGUGGACCUCAGUUCAGCUUUCAGUCACCCACGUGGGUAGAGGCUCCUAAAAACCAAUGAGGAGAUGGGAGAGGCGGGACUUGCAGCAUGUCAAGGGUGAAAAAUAGAACCAAGUUCUAUUUUAGCGCCUGGCUACGCAGAAGCUUGUUCGCGCGCGCGAGCAGUUUGGAUGAAAAGAUUGAAUAACAUGUACAUUUAUUUUGCAACGCUCGCACAAGAAACGCAAGCGGUGUGGUUAGCGUGUCAGAACAUGCAAAUAACUAAUUUCAUUACAGUUUGGGUAUCUGCGUUCAUGAUGAGGCUUGGCCUUCACAAGCCCAACUCAACUCCAUUACGUGAUUUAAAUAGUCUGACUAAAUCAGCAGUGAAAUAAGACAAGCAGGAAAGAAAUCCUGCAUUCUCCGUCUGUGAUUGUAAUUUAAGGCCCCAUGGGUUUCUAACGAAAUUGGCAUUUUGGGAUUUAUCCCCCACUUGUAUAAAUAGUGUCACUGUUCAGUACCUAUUCUUCCUUAAAGAGGAGAAUUCAGUCUCACAAGCAUUACAAUAUCAUAGAGCCAAUUUCCCAGACUCAGGUUAACCCUACUCCUAGACUAAAAAGCACCCAGAAAACCAGCCCUUUAGGUCUUAAUUAAACAGGCGAUUCUAUAAUGCCCAUUCUAACCCAGUGUUCUCCUCUUCCUCCUCAGCCAACAAGGCAGUGGUGUCCAGCUCCAUGGGAAGUGACAGCACCUUCUUCAAGACCCUGGAGGACCACGUCACCAACCCUGUCCUCUUUAUCCCAGAGAUGCACCUCUCCAACAUGCAGCGCUGUGGCCUGGUAGGUCUCCCUCCCUCCUCUCUCCUCCCUCCUCUCUCUUCCCUCCUCCCUCCUCCCUCGUCUUGGAGUUCACCACCACAACAGUGAGUUGAGUCAUGUUCCCUGCUUAUCCUGGGACUGUAGCUUGGGGCUCUGGCACACAAAGGGGGGGGGGGGGGGGAAGGGAUGGUGUGGGAAAACAAGUUUGUGGGAAAAGUGGGUUGGGAUAAGGGAGAGAGUCAGGGAGAGUGAGGAGAGGCAGACGCCGAGAUCAGACUAUCUAAUUGGUGGGCUAUUCAGAUUCCUCGACUCGAAACUCGACUCUAGUGUGACUGACACACGGGAUAACCUGCAGGAACCUACACAAAGACACACACACUCACCUGGCACACACACUCACCGAGCCCCCCUUUUCAGUGAUAUUGACACAAGCCAGUGGAGGUGGUAAGAGCUGUUGUUCUGACAGGCCUUUAGUUCCCACAGUCUGGGCUUUAGGGAGUGGGGAGUGUGGAGGGGGAGUGGGGAGUGUGGAGGGGGAGUGGGUGUGUGGAGCGGGAGUGGGUGUGUGGAGGGGGAGGGGGAGUGGGUAUUUGGAGGGGGAGUGUGGAGGGGGAGUGGGUGUGUGCUCAGUCUGCUACCAAGUGUUAAUACCAAGUGUAUAUCUCACUGGUCAUCCCCAAAGCCAACACCUCCUUUGGCCGCCAUUCCUUCCAGUUCUCUGCUGCCAAUGACUGGAACGAACUGCAAAAAUCUCUGAAGCUGGAGACUCUUAUCUCCCUCACUAACUUUAAGCAUCAGUUGUCAAAGCACCUUACCGAUCACUGCACCUGUACACAGCCCAUCUGAAAUUAGCCCACCCAACUACCUCAUCCCCAUAUUGUUCUUUAUUUUGCUCAUUUUCACCCCAGUAUCUCUAUUUUCACAUCAUCUCUUGCACAUCUAUCAUUCCAGUGUUAAUACUAAUUGUAAUUAUUUUGCACUAUGGCCUAUUUAUUGCCUUACCUCCAUAACUUACUACAUUUGCACACACUGUAUAUAUAUUUUCUGUUGUAUUUUUGACUUUAUGUUUUGUUUUACCCCAUAUUUAACUCUGGGUUGUUGUUUUUAUCGCACUGCUUUGCUUUAUCUUGGCCAGGUCGCAGUUGUAAAUGAGAACUUGUUCUCAACUGGCUUACCUGGUUAAAUAAAGGUUAAAUAAAAAUAAAUAAAUAAAUAAAAAAUACUUACUAGACACUGCUUUAAGAGAGGAAGCAAGGGAGAGAUGUGCCCUAAUUUAGGAUAAAGGUGAAGGGGGUCAUUUGCUUUUCUGAGCUCUGGGAUGAUUUACAAGACUUAUUUGAGUCCCAUACAUCGUUCCAUCUGUCAAAGAAAAUAUGGUCUUAGAUAAAUGUCUUAGAAAAUCCCAGUUUCUUAAGAGGGGAGAGAACUGAAAAAUCCCCAAACGAAUUAAUGUUAUCUUGAUAAGUAAAAGUGUCUGGAAAUGUUCUGUCUUAUAUACAAUAAAAAAUGAGACUCGCUUGUGACCGGUUGUGAAACUAACGUCUCUGAUAGUCUAGAUAGAUAAACGUAUUGUCUGGAACCUUUUAUCUAUCUGCAUAACGUAUUGUCUGGAACCUUUUAUCUAUCUGCAUCUGUGUCACCAUUCAUGUUUGUCUCUACAGGGUCAUGGGAGACGUAUUUAGCAGUGAUAAUAAUAACAUUCCUAUUCAUGACUGUCCCAGCCAUACUAUGGCUGGGAUGGGAAAUGAAGCAAUAACAUUCUAUAGAGGAGCUGUACCUAGUGAUUGUUCUCUGUGUAGGCACCUCCCACAACACUGGAAGAAGUUGAAAGGACCUCCCUGAAGAGACUGUACCCUGAUAGAGUGGACCAGAGCAGUGGUAGCCCACCUCCAAGCAAGCAGGCCAGAUUGGAGGAACAACAGAGAGGUAAAGAGAAAAAUACAAUUGAAAGUACAGUGCACUUUCUGAAUGGAAAUGGAAUUGGCCAAACCCAAAGCGGGUAUACAGACAAUACAUACGGUACGAUGCAAAGAAUGAGUUGUCAAUAUCAAAACCAGAGUACUACUGUGUUCCUGGUCUGUUACACAACCUGACGUAUUCUGUUGCAGUAGCGGUGCGUGGAUAAAAUCACUGGGGAAGCCAAGCCAGAAAAAAAGGGUGUUGUGAUAAUUGCGUUGUUUGCUCUAGAAGCAGUUAGUUCAUAUACCUUGUGAAAGUGAUAUAUACAGUAUAUAUAUAUAAGGCUGAGACAAUAAGAAGACACAGUGGCAGAAUAAAUUCAACCACACCUUUGUUUCAUCACAAAACCGGAGAGCAACAUCUGUCCGGUGAAGUCCACAAAGCAUAUUGCAUGUAACAAACAGUUACAUGACCUACAGCAUGGUCAAGCAAGGUAAUGUUUCUGACAUUUUUGGACUACUAAACAACUAUUGAUGUAGAACCACGGAGAGUUAUUGCAAGUCGCAAAGAAAAUAGGAGCUGCCCCUACAAUUCCAGAACCAUUUCAAAAUCAAAUCACGUUUAGUCUAAUAUAGUGACAACUUAAAGAUACCAAAAACAAUUUAGUCCAAACAACGUAAGCUACACACAAAAAUUUUUGAAACGCAACAUGCAACAAUUUCAAAGAUUUUACUGAGUUAUAGUUCAUAUAAGGAAAUCAGUAAAUUGAAAUAAAUUCAUUAGGCCCUAAUCUAUGGAUUUCACAUGACUGGGAAUACAGAUAUGCAUCUGUUUGUCAAAGAUACCUUAAAAAAGGUAGGGGCGUGGAUCAGAAACCCAGUCAGUGUCUGGUGUUACCACCAUUUGCCUCAUGCAGCGCAACACAUCUCCUUCACAUAGAGUUGAUCAGGAUGUUGAUUGUGGCCUGUGGAAUGUUGUCCCACUCUUCUUCAAUGGCUGAGCCAAGUUGCUGGAUAUUGGCGGGAACUGGAACACGCUGUCGUACACGUGGAUCCAGAGCAUCCCAAACAUGCUCAAUGGGUGACAUGUCUGGUGAGUAUGCAUGCCAUGGAAGAAAUGGGACAUUUUCAGAUUCCAGGAAUUGUGUACAGAUCCUUACGACAUGGGGCCGUGCAUUAUCAUGCUGAAAUAUGAGGUGAUGGCGGCGGAUGAUUGGCACGACAAUCGGCCUCAGGAUCUUGUCACGGUAUCUCUGUGCAUUCAAAUUGCCAUCAAUAAAAUGCAAUUGUGUUCAUUGUCCUUAGUUUAUGCCUGCCCAUUCCAUAACCCCACCGCCACCAUGGGGCACUCUGUUCACAACGUUGACAUCAGCAAACCGCUCACCCACACAACGCUAUACACGCUGUCUGCCAUCUGCCCGGUACAUUUGAAACUGGGAUUCAUCCGUGAAGAGCACACUUCUCCAGCGUGCCAGUGGCUAUCGAAGGUGAGCAUUUGCCCACUGAAGUCAGUUACUACGCUGAACUGCAGUCAGGUCAAGACCCUGAUGAGGACGACAAGCACGCAGAUUAGCUUCCCUGAGAUGGUUUCUGAUAGUUUGUGCAGAAAUUAUUCUGUUGUGCAAACCCACAUCUUCAUCAGCUGUCCGGGUAGCCGGACGUGGAGAAGCCGGACGUGUAGGUCCUGGGCUGGCGUGGUUACACGUGGUCUGCGGUUGUGAGGCCGGUUGGACGUACUGCCAAAUUCCCUAAAACCACAUUGGAGGUGGCUUAUGGUAGAGAAAUUAACAUUACAUUCUGUGGCAACAGCUCUGGUGGACAUUCCUGCAGUCAGCAUGCCAAUUGCACAUUCCCUAUUAUUGGCCCCAGCACAAGGUGCACUUGUGUAAUGAUCGUGCUGUUUAAUCAGCUUCUUGAUAUGUCACACCUGUCAGGUGGAUGGAUUAUCUUGGUAAAGGAGAAAUUCUCAGGGAUGUAAACAAAUGUGUGCACAAAAUUUGAGAGAAAUAAGCUUUUUGUGCAUAUGGAACAUUUCUGGGAUCUUUUAUUUCAGCUCAUGAAACAUGGGACCGACACUUUUACAUGUUGCGUUUAUAUUUUAGUUCAGUAUAAAUAUGUGGCUGUCCAUGGUUCUGAUUUGUGUGUGUGUGUGUAUGCCAUCCUCCUCUCUUUCAUGUUGAUGAAACCGUCUAUGACUGUCAUACAGUACACGUUUUACAUUUUUGUUGUCCUAGGCUAACUGGCAAAAAAUGCUUGCUCGCUAGCCUAACUUCCUUUCAUGGGCAACGAUGAGCAUACUAGUUAACAUUAGCCUACUACAUCUAGCUACAUAUUGAACUUCCAUCCUGUCAGGCACAAUGUAAGAAUGUAUGGUUAAAUCAGAAUCGCUGUUAUAAUCAUUGGCCAGUACGGAGAAUGAAGUAAAACCACAAGUCCAAAUCCCUAUCUCCAUCCAUGGCUAAUUUAGGAAAAGGGCCAAUUUUAGCUAGCCACCGGAGAACAACAACACAUCGAGAUGCAACAAUUCAAGUUCUGUCAGUGACAUUUGGUAUUUUGAUCUGAUGGACUGGUGUAAAGCCAAAUCCAAACUCGUUUCCCUUGAAAAAAAAAUUGUGGGUGCGCCAGGACCAUUCACAGUUGAGCUCACUCAGUUUAGCUCAACGCUGAUUGGCUAUUAUUUCAUACUUUUUUUUUAUCAAGGGAGGUCAAAUUCUCACUGGCUUCCUUGAAUUCAAUGCUACGGGUGGCAAGAAUAUCAUACUCUUUUUGACCAGAAAGCAUCAGAUAGAUGGGCUAUACAUACAGAGACAAAGGGGCGCUGUUUCGCUCAAUUGGAUGCUUCCUCCGGUGAGAUACAAAAUUAUGAAACACAGAGAGACGAAAGAUACGUUAUUUUAUGUACAUUUUUUUUUUCUUCAUUUUCUAGGGAAGCCUUCCGUGAAUACACGUCACUGUUCUGUUGUCCUGUUUUCUCCUGGUCUGGUACACAACCUGACGUAUUAUUUUGUCCUGUUUUCUCCUGGUCUGGUACACAACCUGACGUAUUAUUUUGUCCUGUUUUCUCCUGGUCUGGUACACAACCUGACGUAUUAUUUUGUCCUGUUUUCUCCUGGUCUGGUACACAACCUGACGUGUUAUGUUGUCCUGUUUUCUCCUGGUCUGGUACACAACCUGACGUGUUCUGUUAUCCUGUUUUCUCCUGGUCUGGUACACCUGACGUGUUCUGUUAUCCUGUUUUCUCCUGGUCUGGUACACCUGACGUGUUAUGUUGUCCUGUUUUCUCCUGGUCUGGUACACAACCUGACGUGUUCUGUUAUCCUGUUUUCUCCUGGUCUGGUACACAACCUGACGUGUUCUGUUAUCCUGUUUUCUCCUGGUCUGGUACACCUGACGUGUUAUGUUGUCCUGUUUUUCAGUACUCCUGUACGUGAGAAGAGAGUCCGAGGAGGUGUUCGAUGCUCUCAUGCUCAACACCCCAACUCUGAAAGGCCUGAGACAAGCAGUAAGUAGUACACUCUUAAUACUUAUUCCUUACCCAACAUUGUUGUCAUUGUCCAAGCAUCUCAUCGUUCAAGCAUGAGAGAAUACUGUAGUUGACAGUGAUACUCAUCUUUCCUUUGUUCCUUUCUCAGAUUUCUGAAAAGUAUGGCAUGCAAGAGGACACCAUCGGGAAAAUAUACAAGAAAUGCAAAAGAGGGUAAAUUACUUUCUGAGGCCUUGAUCUGUGUUUUUACAUCAAGAGGAACAAGUGUUAGCAUUAGCUAUGCUACAUAAUUAGCAAUAGUAUUCCUAAGUAGCAUUAGCAAGUUACAGUAAAUUGAAGGAAAACUGAUUGGAUUUGACUAAGUAGAUGCGCUGCAGGAUAUACUACUUACCGUAAAAACUUAAAUUAAUAGCCCAGGUGUUUUAUUUGCUUAAAUCACUGAACACAACAGGAGCUUAUUAGAGACAGGCUUUUAUUUGAACCAGGCAUCUAUUUCCUUAAUAGACACAGCUUUCACUCAUUUCAUAGUUCAUUGUUUAAUUCCAGCAUUCACUUCCAGCAUUUAAAUCAAUUUCUUAAUUUCCUGCACUGUGUUAUCAUUUACACACUGUCACAUUUAUUUUGUCUUAGUAUGCCUCUAAAAAAUUGACAGAAUAAUACUUAUCCUCUUUCACUGUGCAUUUUCGGUAGUUCUUACUUUCGCCACUAUAGGGCGAUCUGCCGAUUUCUGAGGGUCUGUACUCCCGAAGUUGUUGACUGUUUUUGUGCAUGUCAGUUAGCUAACCGUUCUCUGCUGUUAGCAGCCAAUGGCUAGCAGUUUCUUACUGGCGAUAGAAAUGGAUGAUUGCCAUAAUUUUUUGUUGUUGUCAUUACUGAAUUAUUUAAUGUAGCAAAUCAAACAUUAAACCUCGUACACAAUUUAUGGUAAUUCAUGGUAACCUCAAACAGUUCAUUUAGACCCAGCGUUUGUCUGAAGCAGGUGUUUAUUUGCGGAAAUGUGUGCAGUUGCCCAGCUAUUAAAGGGGACAGGUGGCUAUUUGUGACUCAGCGUUUAAUUCAUGUUUUAUGGUACCUCGUUUGAAUCUUGGUUGAAGUCUUUUUCAAAACUUUUUUUUUGUUUAAUUUUGUACAACUUUUUUAUUUAGUAGAUCAGCUUCAAUAUUGCAGAUAGAUUCUGGGUUCUGUCAAACUAAUUGUUAGCAUAGUUUCUAAUCCCCCUAUUUAAAAAUGUUCCCCCAACCCUACCACCCCUACCCUGAUUGGAGUAAACCAAUGGACAACAAUACAUCUUCUAUUGAUACAUACAGCUAUUUUCACUCUCAUAUGCAGAACACUCUAAUCUUAAUUCCAACCCUCAGAUGUCCACAGACUAACCCAUCUUUCCCAGUACUCUACCAUUUUACUAUUUAUUUUUGCAAUACAUCCUUCUAUUUUACUGUGAUGUCCUCAGUAAGGAAACCAACCAAAGUUGACAGACCGGCUAGGUGAGCUAGCUAGCUCGAUGUCUGCUGGAAUGUAGGGCGGCAGGUAGUUUAGUGGUUAAGAGCAUUGUGCCAGUAACCGAAAGGUCGCUGGUUUUAAUCCCCGAGCCGGCUAGGUGAAAAUUCUGUCGAUGUGCCCUUGAGCAAGGCACUUAACCCUAAUUGCUCCUGUAAGUCACUCUGGAUAAGAGCGUCUGCUAAAUGAUUUUUUUUUUUUAUAUAUAUAUAUAAAAUAAAAAUGUGCUCUUCCGAAAAAGAAACAGGACGGAAAGAUGGAUGAGUUAGCCGAUUGUUUUACUUUACAGUAUUUAUGUUUCUGUAAUCUGAUCUACUCAUCCCGUAGCUACACCAAGUAGAAGUGUUUUGGUCUAUUUGUUUUGUUGAGUGAAAAGAGGUACCUACUAUGAUAGACAAGGGUUUUGAUUUAAGGCGGAGGGAGCCACCUUAUUGUGAAAAUAUGUGGUUGCCAGGUGCUUGCCAUUGAAUGGGAGUAACCUUUGAGGAAGAGCUGGUAUCUCUAUUGGCAACAUGUGAACCAUGAAAUGAAAUAAUGGCGGCCAUUGUGUGUUCAAUGCUUGAGCCAUAGUCUUUCGAAAGGAUUUCUAUACUAUUCUAGUUUUACAUCGAAGGUCUUUACGUUUACUGUAAAGGUGACAACAUUUCCCUAAGCUUGAGAUCUACCCCUAGUGGUAAAGUAGGCCUGCAGUCUUCACACAAGAAUCCAUGUCAAUGAACGGGUGUAACGCAGUGAGGCAGUAAUCUGUUGAAGCUGACUUGAUGGAGAAGAUUAGAGGGGGACUGUCACCCAGAAUGCCGUGUGGUUCUUCUGUCACACCGCCCUGCUGUGUAGGGACAUUACAUGGAGAACCCAACAGGUUCUGUAGCAUUCUCAUUCCACGUAUAGUCUUCAAAUCAAGUCCCUUCCCUCCAGGUAGCGUGAGCAGGCAGGUCGCUUUUACUUACCGUAAAGCCAGGUUGCCCUCUGGGAAAAGGAGUCGGGCCUGAUUAAUUGUUUGCAGUGUUGAGGGAAUUGGAGGCCUCUCACUCUUUUUGUUUCGUGACUACAAAAUGUCUCAGCCAGACAGCAGCAAACAAUUUACGUAACAUGUAGCCUGUUAUAUAAAGUGUGGUACAAAACAUGAAUCUGUUCUUUGUCCGUUCUCUUUCAGGAUAUUCGUCAAUAUGGAUGACAUCAUCAUCGAACACUACAGCAACCACUCGGCAUUCCUCAUAGAGAUCUCUGAAGUCAUGAGCAGUCAGUUCCAGGUCACUCUCAUGGAGUUAUGAAGAGAGGGCGGACGUUUUUUAUGUUCGGCCCACCAAAUGGCAAGGUCUGCCCAAUCAAACUGCCUGCCGAUUUCAACCCUUUAAGCACUGCCCUGUGAGAGACUCUAUUGGCCAGGCCAACAGGACAAAGACCAAUGGGGCCAAAGAAGACACACCAUCCGUUCAACCAUUGAACAGACUUCAGACCAAAUGCUUUAUAUUGAUGCCAGUCACUGACUUUCUAAAUACCAUUUAACCCCCUUAUGACUUUUUAUUAUGGUUUAUAUUUUAUAACAGAGCGAUUAUGACUAAUUAUGAUGACGAUGCUGUAAAUAUUUUAUGUAAAUAGAAAUUAAUAUGACGUUUGAUUUAUCUCUUUGAGGAGACCUACAGCGAUACCAUGACCCAUUUUUCACAAACAUCCACAAGCUACGUAUUUCAAUUUCAGGAGACAUAUCGUGAAUGUUGUCAACUUUUUCAAAGACUGCCAUUCUUGCUGCUUGUCAUGUAGUUAUCAUUUCUUCCAAGAGAUCUCAAGUAAUGGGAACGGUGCCAUUGUUUGAUAGUAAAAAAAAGUAUAUAUAUAUAUAUAUAUAUAUAUAUAUAUAUAUAUAUAUAUAUAUAUACCAUAUUACUUCUCACACCAUUAUGUUUGCUAUAUAAUGGUACUGCCAAUAGGAUAAUGCUGUAGCCUGAAUUGUCCAACACACACCCUAGAUUGAACCAAAGUCACACAUUUCCCACUUCACGGGUAUUGCCUUCACAAA